AUGGCCCGCCAGCGGCGCAACAACCCCACAUCCUACUCCAACACUGUGGAUCAUACAGGGACCUCACAAAGACGCCGUGCCCGAAGGCGACGCAGCAGGGAGUCCUCCUUAGAGCAAGUGGAGCGAGAGGUGUACCUCACGGAGGUUUCUGUUGCUCAACAACUUGGAUUUAUAGAUAGACCAACAGCCCAGCAACCAGACAAAAGGCCUCUCAAGAACCAAGAUACCCUCUUCGAGCCGCAGAUUGGAAGCUACGCAGACCACGAAAUUCACGAGAAUCCAGAGAUACUUCCGAGCGCUGCCCACGCGGCAUAUUUCCAAAGUCGUUGUUAUGCAGAAGAUCCUUUGGCCGCACUUGCAAAGCUCCAUGCAACACCAAACCAACAUACCCCUGGGCAAAACUAUACCAACCAAUUCCUCGAAGAACAGUGGCAGCUGGAAAAAUCUUACCACCUCAACACUGACACAACGGAGCGACACGAAGUUGAACUUGGCCGUCUGCUCUGCCUUGAAGAGGAACUCAACCUUGCUUGGAACACUCUCCUGAUGACCCCGGAGCAAGUACUUGUCCAAACCAACACACUUGUCAGAGUACUGAGGUUGCUCGAGGAACAAAGAUCUGUUGUAGGUACCGCUGGCGUAGCUGAUGACUUGUUGGCUGAACAACGCGAUGAAAUGAAGAAAAUCUGGUAUCUAAAAACCAAACUCCGCAAGUUAUUCUUGGCUCUUGUGGAAGAGAAGAAGCCCUUGCUGCGAGUUUGCCGGGCAGGUGAAAGUUCAACACUAGGGACGCGUGGACAGCAAAAGCUGCAAGAUGCUCUCCGCAAACGGGCUGGAAAACUUUGCACAGUGCUUGAAAGCUACAACAGCCAUGUAGCUGCCUUUCAAACAACCAACCCCAAUCGACCAGUCCCACCCACUAUGGACAAGGGAUACAGCACCUGGCUUCUUAUCAGCGAGCUAAAGAGGAGAAAAGGCGGCUUGGAUGGGAGAACUUGCAAGCAGAAAUUCCGACCUGUUUGCAACCCUUUUUCAACCACCAACAUCUUUCUAUUAGACUGGAAUCGUAAUAUCAUAGGUGUCUUUGAGGGUACUCAAACCCAAACAGGCGAUCAGAUUCUUGUAUCGGAUUGGAACACUCAGAUUGAACAAAUUAAAUCCACAAUGGCGCAAGGGUGUCUUUCGCAAAUUCCUGGCGACCUUGACGAAACCCACGUUCAAUUACUUGCAGGUGGCCAAGUAUCCAACCCGCAACAACCGGCUGGCGGACUGCAACAGAACCGAACCAAUGUCCUAUUCUAUGUAAACAAUCUAAACACACACCAACCCUUAGAUCGUGGAGACAUUGAUGUGGAUGGCGAUGAAGAUGCGGAAGGGGAAGAUUAUGUGGAAGGGGAAGAUAAUCUUGAGGAUAACUACCUAGCUGACAUCGAGGGUAUCCUUGCCAAGACAAUGCGUGCUAAUCUGGAGCAAGAGCAUCACAUGGGCCAGAAUUCUACUUAA